AUGUCUUCUACAAAUAAACAAUCUUCAAAAAGUAUAUACUCUCGUUUAAGACGUAUACCUUUAGAACUUUAUCCUCUUGCAGCUGUUCUUUUAGUAGGUUUUGGAGCUGCUACUUAUCAGCUAGGAAAUAAACUUUUUUUUGAUCCAAGUGUAUGA